AUGCGGCGACUGACGCCGCCAAAUGAUGAAGCUUUUCCAGUCGACGACCUCGGCACGGAGCGGCGGCGAAAUACCCUCAAUCCGCCGCUUGCACUCAAGGACACAACAGUACUUAAGCACCGAUUACGCACAGUGCCCGUUCGCAAUAUCAAUUACGAAAUCAGAAAAACAGCACGCCGUUUGCACGGCUCCGGUUCCGUUUCGAUCUCGACAGCGUUAGUUCAAUGA